UAAGGGCUGCAUUGUUUAGGUGCCACAAAUCAGUCCCUAUUCCUAAGAAAACAAUCAGAAUAAUAUUCUGAGGUAACUUUUGCUUUACAGAUAUUAUCAACAGGUACCUGCUUUUGUAAUGAGAGGUGACAGCAGGGCUACUGCCUUGGCAUCACAAGCGAUCAGUGAUGUGGGAUAGGAAUACUUGCUCCUGAAAGCCUUGUUGUGUAGCCCUGCAGCUGAGGAGGUGAUGUGAAAUGGGCAAGUGCUGGAUUCUGAUCCCUGCUGCAGGAGAUAGAUACACUCCUGGUGGAAAAACAGCAGAACAGGCUGAGCUGCAGGCAAAUAAAACCUCAUUAGAUAAAGCAAGGGGAUAAAUACAAUUUAUUGUUGCUUCCACAUCUCAGAAUCUCACUGCUCUUAAUCCCAGUGAUUCUGACUGCAUUUUAUUAUUACUUGGAGUUCACCAGCAACAGUUUUGACCUGCCUGACCUGCACAGUCACCCAAACAGCCUGGGAACACAGACAGCUGGCCAGUGGCCAGAAGUCCUGCCCAAAGUGAGGUGGAGGUGCAAACAGGCAGUGAGAAAACACCUGCCUGCACUUGGCAAAAACAAGGUUAUGUAAAUCUGUUGGAGCAGGAUCACAUUCCCCCCGGACAAGGCAUGCUCAGUGCAGCUCUACUGAACAAGGAAAUGAAAAGAUAUCCUACUUCUCUUACUGGGUCUGCUUAAGGAAAAAACAAGUCUUGUUACUUGGUAUACACGAUACAGGCUGCGCAUGAGGGUGUGUGUAUCCAUAGUACACAUCCUGUAGUGAGCCUAUGGCACAGCAAUAGCUGAGAGAAGGGUGGCUCUGGGAGCUUUUGUAGCAAUGAAGAUCCCUGUGAGAGCUGUGAGCAGUCCAGUCCCCGCUUUUUGUAACGCCGGGGUGAGAUCUCCACCACAAACAUCCUUUCUCCAAACUACAAUGUUAGCAGAAAUAUCUACAGUCAUAGAGACUCGUAGCGGGAACCCAGUUAAGGCAGCUGUUUUUUGACAUUCUGUUGCUCAGUCAGGCAGGUGUCCUUAGUGCUGUGACCAUGUGGGAGCACAGCACAUGGUGGGGUGGACAGGGGAAGAUCGGCCUGUGUCUUUUAUUCAGAUACUCAGCCUGGGGAUCGUGCUAGAACGGCAGCGUAUGGUUACAGCAUGGAUGCUCAUCUCUUUAUACCCUCAGUGUCCGACCAGGGUACCACAGCUCUUUGACAGAGAUCUGCCUCACGAUAACCGAUUACGUGGAGAAAGGACUGCUGUGCUAGCUACUCUGUAUCACACAUCACUCCAGCAACAUAAGACGAGCAGCGAACAAUUUCUUCAACGUGACACUGAUGUUCGCUCUCCACUUAAGGAGCUCAGUGAAUUAGACGCUUUCUUAACCAGCAAGUUUUACUGAAAAGCGAACGCGUUCAGCAGCACCACGCAGCAGAGCAGAAGCCCACAGCCGCGCCUCACAGCGCGCUGAGGCUCCGCCCGCCACGCGCGCGCAGCUCCCGCUCCCCGUCCCUCCCCGGGGCAGGCCCCACCCGGCAUGCUCCGCUUCGCGGCGGGGCGGGCAGGGGUACGGCAGCGGUUCGUGCCAGGUUCGGCCAUGUCGGGGGACGGCGAUGAAGAGCUGGCGGGUUUCGUGGCUCUGCACGGGGCUGCGCUCCGCGCUUCCUGCGUCCCGGCGCGCUACUGGGAGAGCCUGUGCCGUAAGCUGCGCGGAGAGGUGUUUGAUGCUGGUGACUACUUUGGGAUAAUGCAAGUAGAAGAGGUAGAUGAGGAAGAGGAAGGUGAUGAAGCAAUGGAAGAUGAAUUGAAAAAGAAACCAAAUCCUGGAAAUGAACCUUGUUUCAAAGUUAUAGUAACAAAUGAGAAUGGGAUUCAAGCCUCCAAUCCUGAUAGCAUUUUCCUCAUCGACCAUGCCUGGACAUACCGUAUUGAACACGCCCGCCAGCAGCUGCUUCACGUGCCUGGCUUACUUCACAGAAUGGCAAAUCUCAUGGGCAUCGACUUUCACGGAGAAAUCCCAGAUGAGGGCAGUGUUGAGCAAGUGUUGCAGGAAAUGUGGAAAUACAAUCAGACCUACCAGCUUUCUCAAGGGACUGCGGAGGAGAAAGUUCCUGUCUGGUAUAUUAUGGAUGAGUUUGGAUCACGCAUUCAACAUUCAGAUCAGCCUAGCUUUGCAACAGCACCCCUGUUUUACAUGCCUCAACAAAUUGCUUACACUGUUCUCUGGCCCCUGAGAGACCUGGAAACUGGUGAUGAAGUGACCCGUGAUUAUGCUUAUGGGGAAACUGAUCGCUUGAUCAGGAAGUGUGUUUUGUUACCAUGGCUGCCUAAUGAGGUAUUGGAUGUCAACUGCUUUACCCCAGAGCCAUCAGAUGAGCAUUACCAGGCUAUUUUAGCAGAAAACAAGGAGAAACUCCCCAUAGCAAUCAACCCAUCAGUUUAUGAUAAAGACAAAGUUUUCAAGGUGUUCACAGACAUCCAGCAGGUCCUCAACAGCCUGACACAUCCCCGUUUUGUGUUCACAGACAACGAGGCAGAAGCAGACAUCCUCUACAACUUCUCACACUUCAAAGAUUAUAGGAAGCUGAGCGAGGAAAGACCUGAAGUAAUGGUGAAUCAGUUCCCAUGUGAGAACCUCUUGACUGUCAAAGACUGCCUGGCAUCCAUAUCUAGACGAGCUGGAGGGCCAGAUGGGCCGAGAUGGUUGCCACGUACUUUUAACCUCCAAACAGAGCUGCCCCAGUUCAUCUGUUACUUUCAGCAGCGUGAGAGAAGAGGAGAAGACAAUCACUGGAUAUGCAAACCGUGGAACCUGGCCAGAAGCCUGGACACCCACAUCACCAACAGCCUUAACAAUAUCAUCAGGCAUAGGGAAAGCAGCCCAAAGGUAGUGUGCAAAUAUAUUGAGAAUCCAGUCUUAUUUCAGCGAGAAGAUGUGGGCAUGGUUAAAUUUGACAUCCGUUACGUUGUGUUGCUGCGCUCCGUAAAACCACUCAAGCUGUACGUCUAUGAUGUGUUCUGGCUACGCUUUUCAAAUCGGGCGUUUUCCCUUGAUGACUUGGAUGACUAUGAGAAGCAUUUCACUGUCAUGAAUUAUGCUCCUGGUGUAACGUUAAAGCAGGUACACUGUGAAGAAUUUGUUCCUCAAUUUGAAAAACAAUAUCCUGAAUAUCUGUGGACAACAGUACAAGCAAACAUUUUUAAGGCAUUUGCUGAGUUGUUCCAAGUUGCUUCAGCUAAGCCUGCACCUCUUGGCAUCUGUGAUUAUCCAUCAUCAAGAGCAAUAUAUGCCAUUGACUUGAUGCUUAAAUGGGACACCAGCAGAGAUGGAAAAAGAAUCAUGCAGCCUCAGAUCCUGGAGGUGAAUUUCAAUCCUGAUUGUGAUAGAGCCUGCAAAUACCACCCUACCUUUUUUAAUGAUGUCUUCAGCACCUUAUUUCUGGAUGAAGUGGACAACUGCCACGUGACGUGCAUCAUCUAGCCACAGGAGGCUUGAUUCUUUCCUUCACGGAUCUGCUUAAUAGCAAUAUUUACAUUUCAGUUCUAUGAGCUGCUGAUGCAAUUAUUUUCCUGUAUUAGUAACCCAGGAAAAAAAAUGAGAAGAAUGCAUAUAGACCUUAUACUGUACUUACUGAUAAUUGUUUUGUCUGCAUUUUCCUUGUGUUGCUUCGUGCUGUAAAUCAUCAAUUUGUAUUGACCAAAUGUCUUGUUUAUUGAAUAUGGGAAACCUCAAAAUAGGACAGAACUGGAACACCUGAGUUGUCUCUCAGGUAGACUAAGCUCCUGCUUUCUUGCUGGGAAACGUGGUGUAGUUCCCUGUGUGAACAUUAAAAUUACAGUUUACUGAAUCAUCUUGGAGUCUGUAUCAUUUUCUUAGCCACUCUUCUGUUGUACAAAGAUCUGAAAUGUUUAUGUCAGUAGGCAGAGGUAAAACAGCUUAUUAAAGUUGCAUUUGGCAAGUUUAUUGAAAAUGAAGUAUAUGAAGCUUGAAUGAGGAAGGUGGGGGAAAGAUCAGUAAAAGCUCCUAGUAGUUUUCCAAAAGCUAUUCAGCAUCUGCUGAAAUCUGUGCAUGAAGUUAUUGGUCUGUGUUAAUUUUGAGUUCUUUGUGCGUACAGGUGCUAUAAAGUGGGGAAAAAAGGAACAUGAACUGUUAGCAUCUCAUUUCUGACCCACCGAAGAGAGGUGAAGUAUUCUCGAGGACUGGAACAGACUAAUUUACUUCA